GAUUUCAGAAAAGAAGAAAAUAAAAACAGACUAUUGCAACAUUUGAUUAUUAACAUUACAGCUAACUUGCCAUCCCAACAUUCUAUUUUUCUUUUCUUUUUUGCUUAAUUUUAAUAAAUUCAUCUCAUGAUCACUCCUUCAAAUUUCAUCUCUACAAUUUCAAAAGAGAGACAUAAUAUAAAGUUAUAAUUUAAUGUUUUGAGAGCCUCUCCAGGAGGAGGCAUUGUUGAUUAAUAAUCUCCUGGAUCAAAAAAUUAUACAAUUCAAUUAUGUCUCAAGAUUGUGGAUUAUAAGGUGUUUAAUUGUUUAAACCCUUGUCAACAUUUUAUUCCAAAGGAUUUGGUGGGAUUAAUUCAUAUUUGCCUCACCCUUGUCUUGAUUAGCUUAGGAAGAAUUUAUUUGACUUUGUAACAAUUCAUUUUACAAAGAAUUUGUAACAUUAUACAUAGAAAAAAAUGGGAGACAUUUCACCGGAGAGAAAAUCGGGUUGUGGAUUGAUGACAACGGUAUUCGGAAGACAUAGUCAACGGUCGAAAAAAGCAUCCUCUACAGGAUCUUCUCCCAUACCACGUAGUAGAAGUGCCUCUAAAGAGGUAGUUUACGUCGAUCCACCUUCACGCAACGUAGCUUCUCGUUCUGUUUCCAAUUCUUCUUGUUCAUCAAAUAAUAAUAAUAAUCCACAGAGAAGAAACUCCAACGAAACGACAAUGCCACGUGGCAUGUCAAAAAAUUCAAAUUCAUCAACUACACAGGGGUAUGUUAACCAAGGUAGGAGGGUGCCAAAAGAAGUUGUUGGAAUUUCAGGUGAGUUAGAUACCAUGAUCAAUGAUCACCAAAAAUCUAACUCGAAAGGGAGUACUUUUGUUCGCGCUUCUUCUGGCAAUGUUAUGUUAUAUGGACAUUUAGGUAAUCUUAGACAAGGAGCUAAAGAUAAUAGUUAUUCAAAUGCAAUGGAUAAUUAUAACCAAUACUUUGAAAAUGCAAAUUCAAAUGUUGGAGGAAACACAAAGAAUGUGUCGAGUAUUAAUAAAGAGACACAUUCCUCGACGAAGUUGAAGGGAGAAAAUACGGGUGGUGGUUCACUUUGUAGGGCUAUAUCAACUAGAAUGGAUCCAGAACAGUUGAAGAUAAUGGGGAACGAGGAUUAUAAGAAUGGAAGAUUUGCGGAGGCAUUAUCUUUGUAUGAUGCAGCUAUUGCAAUUGAUCCUAAAAAGGCUGCUUAUAGAAGUAACAGAAGUGCUGCUUUAACUGCUCUUGGUAGGCUUCUUGAAGCUGUGUUUGAAUGUAGGGAAGCUAUUCAAAUUGAUCCUCAUUAUCAUCGAGCUCAUCAUCGUUUAGGAAGUUUGCAUUUUAGAUUAGGAGAAACAGAUAAGGCCCUUUAUCAUUAUAAACAAGCAGGGCCAGAGGCUGAUCCUGAUGAAGUUGCUAAAGUGAAGAUUCUUCAAGCUCAUUUAAAUAAGUGCACCGAGGCUCAAAGGGUAGGAGAUUGGAACAAACUCGUGGUCGAGACCUCCAACACUAUAUCAGCUGGUGCAGAUUCUGCUCCACAGAUAUUUGCAUUGCAAGCCGAAGCCCUGAUAAAACUCCGUAGGCAUCAAGAUGCGGACAACGUAAUGUCAAAAUGUCCUAAUUUUGAUGUUGACGAUUGUACCAAGUUCUUUGGACCAAUUGGUAAUGCAAAUUUGUUAGCAACACGAGCUCAAGUUGAUCUAGCUGCUGGCAGAUUUGAUGAUGCUUUGGAGGCAGCACAUAAAGCAACUAGGCUAGACACUAACAACAAGUUAGCAAACAAGGUAUUGGGAAAGGCUCGAGCCGUGACAGGUGCAAGAUGUAGAGGAAACGAGCUUUUCAAGGCGUCGAAAUUCUCUGAGGCUUGUAAUGCAUAUGGAGAAGGGCUUCAGCAUGAUCCAUAUAACUCAGUUUUACUAUGCAAUCGAGCCGCUUGUAGAUCAAAACUUGGUCAAUUGGAGAAAGCAAUUGAAGAUUGCACCGCUGCUCUUAACUUACGCCCAUCUUACACCAAAGCAAGGUUGAGAAGAGCUGAUUGUAAUGCUAAGUUGGAAAGAUGGGAAGCUUCAAUAGGAGACUAUGAAAUCUUGUUAAAAGAGACACCAGAAGACGAGGAAGUCAGCCGCGCAUUGUCGGAGGCUCGGGUCCAAAUUAAGAAACAACGAGGCGGAUAAAUGACAUAGUUAGAGGGGAUCAAAGAUCAAUGAAGAUACCAAAGGAAUAAACAUCUGCAAGUGUGAGUUUACCACAUGCUUUGUUUCAUGUCGAGAAAAGAGCGUUUUUUGUGUGCAUCGGCAAUUAAAGAAUAUUACACAUCACAAGAUCAAUCCUUUGGAAAAGAAAAGUGAAAUUGCAGUGUUUAGAGCCAAAAAAUGAAAUUCACUUCAGAAUUCAGAACAUUUCAGAUAUAAACACAGCACU